AUGGCGACCGCAAUGCCCAGCCCCAUCACCAACACGGCCUACAAGCCUCACCCCACCGAAAAGAUGAAGGCGGCGCAAUGGAUGGGCACGCGCACCAUCCAAGUCGGCACGGUGCCGAAACCCUCCAUCACCGACCCCAGCGACGCCAUCGUGCACGUCACGCACACGACCAUCUGCGGGUCGGACCUGCACAUGUACGAGGGCGAGCUGAACGACGCCAUGCAAAAGGGCGACAUCAUGGGCCACGAGGCGAUCGGGUUCGUCGAGGAGGUCGGCUCCAACGUCAAGAGGCUGCAAAAGGGCGACCGCGUCAUCAUCCUGCCCAUCAUCGCCUGCGGCGAGUGCCAGUACUGCAAGCGUCAGGAGUACUCGCUCUGCGACACGACCGACCCGUCUAAGGAGAUGGAAAAAAUGUACGGCCAUCGCCUAUCGGGCAUCUUAGGGUACACGCAUCUUAGGGCCGAGUACGCCCGCGUGCCCAUUGCGGAUCUCACCUGCGUCAAGGCGCCUAAGGACGUCGAUGCCAAGAAGCUACUAGGUCUCGCCGACGUUACUACCACCGCCUGGCAUGGCAACGAGCUAGCGGAAGUCGGCAAGGGCGACAUCGUGGGCGUAUGGGGCUGCGGCCCCGUCGGCCUGUCCAUCCAGAGGCUAGCGCUACUGCGCGGUGCUAAGAAGGUAUAUGCGGUAGAUAAAGAUCCGGUGCGACUGAAGCUCGCCGAGGACUUUGGCAUGACGCCAGUCGACGUGUCGGCGCAUCCGGAGGUGGCGGAUUAUAUCCUAUCGCUGCAGCCGCACGGGCUGGAUCGCUCCAUCGAGGCCAGUGGUUUCCGAAGCACGCAGAAACCACAGCAUGCGGCGAUGCGUGCCAUCGGUCUAGAGAGGGAUAACUUCUUCUUCAACACGAAUGACUUUCCAAUUGGACCGAUGAUGGAGAAAGGGUUGACGGUGCGUGGAGGACAGCUGUCGGCACAGAAGUACCACCCAUUCCUCCUGGACCUAGUGGUACAGGGCAAGUACGAUCCAUCCUGGAUGUUCACCUACGAAGACGAUUUCGAAAACAUCGCAGAUGAUUACCGGAAGUUUUCGCGCCAUGAGAUUCCGGGGGGACUCAAGGUGUGCUUGGUGACAGCGUAUGGAAGAAGCUUGUAUAAGUAG